AUUAUGAUAAAAAUAAAAUAAAUUUAUUCAUUUAAUUAUUUUGAACAAUUCACUUAAUUAUUUUCUUUUCUGUAUAUAAAAAAUAAUAUAUAAUUAAUUUUUUAUUAAAUAUUAUUUAAAUAUUUUGUUUAGUAAAAUUAAAAUAAUUUUACAAAAUUUUAAAUCAAGUUUGAAAGGGUACUUAUAAAAUCACUACACAGUCCUGUCGCUCCUUAGUUGCAGAGCGAAACGGGUAGGGGGCCGCGGGUCGCGAUUCGUGAGUCGUGUGAGAAGGACUAGCCUGCAUCAGUCUCCGUCGCGUCCCUUGCAAAAGGGUACGCUUGUCUUCACAUCAUUGUUAAUUUAUUUCUCCUAUUUCUGAGUGCACACAUUACAUUGCUAUAAACGCGUACGUUAAAUAUAUAUUAAGCUUCGAUUGCAAUAUCGAAUAAAUAAAAUUCUUGAAAAAGGGUGAUAUUUUGGAACUUAUGGUCUCCGAGAAAGAAUCUCACGCAACCUAGGAACAACUUGACGCCGUCAAUUUUCUGUUUAAUUUAAAAUCUUAUAUUGCACUUUUUUUUGAGCAUAUACGCGAGUGCUAUUAAACAUUCAUAGUGUUACUAAAACGUGCGUGCGUAGUGUUGCGAGUAAUUCGCUUCUUUACCUGCGAACGCUUUUUUUUAUCGCGUUCAUAAAUCUCAAUACAGAGAAAACUACAUAGAACGCAACUCGGUACUUUUCGGCACGCCGCCGAAUACCUCCGAUCAUCAAUCUUGAGACUUUUCUUAGUGAUCCAAUAGUAAAGAAAGAAGGAAUAUGUGAAAAGAAUUUGGAGAAAUCUAUUGUGAAUCAAAAUCCUAUGCUGCUGGAUUUCAUUCGAAUACUAAAUCAUUGGUGGACAUAACCUGUAUGUGUUCUGUGAACAGGAAGUUUCCCGUAGCAAGAGUGGGUGGUACGAAGAGGGAGACGCCGGUCGAGCCUUAAAUAUCGAUUUUGGUAUGGAAGAGGUACGAUAGUCCGUCCGUUUCAACGUGUCUCUUACUUUUGUGUAUCUCCACGUUAAGAAGUUUUGACAGUUGAAUACUAGAAUACUUCAUCAAGAGGAAUCGCGUGCAUCGAACGAGACAAAAACAAUAUGGCGCGAUAUUCUCAAGUAGAAAAUUAAAUUUCAUGUGAAGCCAUUUUUGAACGAUGAAAUCGCAUAAAUAAAUUAAUUUAUUCUAUUUGAAAAAUAUCGAAUGAAAAUGUUGCUUUCAGAUCAUCACGUGUACAGACAUUUCGUCUAUAAAACACGUCUUAGGCAGCAAAAUUCGAUGAAUAUCGAUCGAUCAUUUAAUUAAAUGUUGAUCAAAAUAUUUUAUUCUUUUCAUUUUAAUAUCUUAUCAAUGGAAAUUUUUACACUUUUCAAAAAUUUGAAAAGUUUCAUUUCAUUUCCUCUAGUCGUCAAGAAUUUCUAUUUUCAAGAAUGUUUUUUCAAUAUUAUUUAUAUUGAAUAUUUUAAUAUGUGAAAUUUAAAUAUAUUACUAACUAAUCGAAAAAUAAAAAAUAAUAUUGUUUUGAAGAUGAAAAUUGGAAAUAAUUAUAUAUGUACAAAUAAAACAAAUGUUAUGAAUAUUUAAAGAAAAUUGAAGAUAAAAAGAAAACAACAUUACUAUUAAUAUUUUCAAAAAGAUUUCUCGUGACUUCUAUAGGGUGUAUUCAAUUUUCAUAAUGAACACUGUUCAAUAAGACCCUUUGUUUUACCGAUCAAGUACACGAUGACAUCAUGGUACUGCAUUGCCGAUUGAAAGAUUCAAAGACAACGAAAAAAGUGUCAGUUAAAAAUCGAUGAAUUUUUUAUACUUAAUACUAUUGACAUCAUCGUGUUGAAUCAAUCACUAAUUUUGAGAUCACCAACAUAAAAAAAAAGAAGAAACGAAGAGAAAUAAAAAAAGAAAAUAUUUGUAUUUACGGCUUGAAAAAUAUGCUUUUUUACGGUUACAUAUAUUUUAUAUAAAAAUAUGAACGAAUAAAUGAUCAUACUAUUUCAACAGUAAAAACAUUCAGAGAUAAAUUUAUGCAAUAUUGUUUUUACCUAUUAAAUUCAUAAAUAUUGCAUAUCCGAAUCCUGAUGCAUUCGUCAUUUAAAAAGAUCUUAAAACCAAUCUACGAAAACACUUUCUUUUGAUCGAUUCUUUUUUCUUGAUCAACUUUAUCGGCCAAGGCGUGUAUCAUUGACGCUGGAUAAGAAGAAAAAGGUACAUCAGGAAGAAUGGUUUCGAGAUAUGGCGUCUCAAAGGAGGGCGCAGUGGGUGUAGCCGUGGGUGUAGGACCUAUGCACUGUCUUUUACCACAUUGUGGAGGGCCCCACCACCACCAUCACCUUUCGGCCCCUCAUCCACAAAAUCCUCAGCCAGGUCAUAAUCACCACGUGCAUCCGGUCCAUCAACCACCACCCUCGCCGAGUCCCCACUUGAAUCAUCAGCUGAGCCAUCAUCAAUUGACUGUUAACAUUAACCAUCUGAGUCAUCAGCAGCAACAACAGCAACAAACCCAACAUCAACAAGCACCGCCACAGUAUCGAGUCGUUACUGCAAAUGCUAGAUCAGAUUUUCAUGUGUCUGGACAAAAUUACGGCACCCAACCAGGGGGCCAGGUGGGCGGGGGAGGGGGUAGUGUAGGAGUACCUGGGGGCAGAGGACCUCCACCACUCGGCGGCUUACAAUCUAUUGGACAGUCAGCAGCAGGAAUUCCACCAGGAGGUCCUGCUGGAGGACAAGCACCACCACAAACCCCGGCUCCCGGGGUACAGUCACAACCGCCGCAAGGUCCGGCUCCCACCACUACUCCCCCGGUACACACACCGUCACCUCAGGAAAUGGGAAAACAGGCCCAUUUACAACCUCAACCACAACCUCUUUCACAAGUAUAUGGGCCAACGCAAACAAGGCCAACGUCACAAGGUUACUAUCAAGGACCUAGACCACAACAACCUCGAGGCAUUAGUCACAGAGGGGGACAAGGAGGUACAGGUGCACAAGUUGUAGGAAUGUCAGGAGUUGGUGGAGGUGGAGGCCAACCAACUGCGAUUUAUCACCCAGGUGGUUUGCCAGUUCAAACUGGAGCAAUAUAUCCAGUUCCUAAUCUUCAUCCUGGCCCACAUCAACAAUCUUUAUACGCAAUGAACAAUCAAAUGCCCCUUCAGUUCGGUGGCCCUCCUCAAAGGCAUCAAACGCAUCAAAAUCAGUCUUAUUUCCCACCUUUUCAACAUUCGGCUAUUCUAACGCAAAAUAUGUUUGGAUAUGGUGCGCCUGCACCAACUCCUCAACCUUAUUAUUGGCCUACUGGUCAACCACCGAAUACACCAUUAAUAAGUAGGGCAGGUGCAAGCGCUGUUACUGGUGGGGCACAACAUGUUGCAGGCCCGCUGGCCGGUGCCCAAGGAGCCCCAGUAGUACCACAAGGUACACUUCAACAGCCCACACAACAAGCGCAACCUUUACCUCCAAUGGGUAUAUCUCUUUCUCAGACUGAUGUAUAUUCGGGUCAUAACGGUGGUGCAGCGAAUACGACAAAUAGUACGACAAAAUCUCGGAAACCAAGAGGACAAAAUGCUAUUACUGAUAUUGUAGAUCCAUCAACUGGUAAAAAUAUAAGCCAUGAGAUCUACAAAGACAAUGAAACUAUUCAAAGUGGUGAAUCUAGUAAUCGUGAAACACCUCAGCCACAAAAUAAUGAUGCUGAAGUGCAAGCCGACUUUGCAGCCCGGGUUGCAAAAACACUUGCGAAAGUCGUGACCGAAGAGUCUUCUGACUCAACGGUACCGACUUGUGUACCAAACACAUCUACAACUCAAAAUGUAACACAAAGUUUAUCUAAUUCUCAAACAAAUUCUACUAAUGAUGUGAAUAGUCAGUGUAACACAAGUUCAACAACGCAGAAUAUACCUAACGUAGCCACGAUAUGUAGUCAGUCGUUAGGUACCACUAGUAACGUAUCUCAAAUAGAUUCCUGUAUAAUGAAAAUGGAGUCUAAACAAUUACAAAUUCCUGCGAAGGAAUUUCAACCUCGAAGUGAAUCGAAAAGUGUGGUCAUUGAAGAACCACCACUAACCAUAUCGCGUAACGUAAACAAGGAUGAUAUUUCUGCGCAGUUACCCGUAACUGAAGUUGAAGUCAAGAACACGAGUGCCACACCUAUUAUAACACAGACGUCAAUUCCCAUUGUGACUAUACCAAGUACGAAUGUUCCGGAGGUCCCAAAACCGUCCACCACUGCCCCAAGUGUUAAUCCUGUUCCUGCCAGAGAUCCUUUUCCUAAUUUAUCCAAUAAAAAUUCAUCGAGUUCACCACCUAGAAGAAAGUCCCAGACUCACACUCACAAUCAACCUGUUGCUACUGCUGCUGUUUCUACCGGUGCAACUGAGUUACCGUCGAGUGCCAAAGAACAAAAAGAAAAAAAAGCGAGGGAAAAGAGUCUUAAUUCUAGAGGCACUACUCCUACACCUACUCACAAUCAAACUGACCAUCAUUUGAAAACCAAUGGAGAUGCGACUGGCGAUAAACCGGAAUCUGAACCUGUUCGAAGUGAACAACAGCAAAAAUCAUCUGAUGGUAAAGCCAUGCAGAAACAGAAAAAUAAAAAUAAGCUUAAGCCCCGAGAACUUAAUCGAAAAGGAGCAGAAAAAGAAGGUACAGAUAUGGAUGCUUUCGUAAACACUGUACCUCCGGUGCAAUCUGAAAUGAAACGAGAUCCUUUAACACCAAAGGAUAGCAAUAAAGAAACAAAUCGCGAGAUUACGAAAGAUAAUAAGGAAAAAGAUAAUUAUGAGCCGAAAAAAGAGAAGGAAGUUAUUUCCGUUAAUACAAAGACGGAGAAACAAGCUGCUUCCGUGACAUCAGAAAUCUCAAAAGAAAGUGUUCUCAUACAAGCACCUGUUAUAGAAAAACUGCCAAGUAAAGAAACUAUAAAGGAAUCUUCUCCUAAAAUAGAGGAUAAUAACAAAACGAAUGUAUGUAAUAUGCAAACAAAAUCAGUUCCUAAUGAUGUUGUUGAUCAUGUGAAAAUUAAAGAAGAAUCUGAUGUGGAAGCAAUAGUAGCACAAAAAAAUGAAGAGAAUUCAAAAGUUUCCGCAAUUCGAACAUCUAAUGAAGACAAAUCACAAAUAUCUUCUGUUAUUGAGAAGUCGGCUGAGAAUGAAUCUUUAGUUCAAACUGAGAUCACACCAAUUACAAAUCAGAUACAAUUAAAAUAUAAAUAUAAGGAAGAUCAAUGGAGUCCUAUCAAUAAAAAUGGUAAAAAGGUUUAUGAUCGUGAGUUUUUAAUGAAACUUCAAGAUGAUCCCAACAGUAAAAUUAAACCAUCUAAUUUACCAGAUUUAGAUGUUGUUUUAAAGGAUAGUUCAAAGGCAAGAACUACUCUUGAUCUUAGGCCAUUUAAAGAUACAAAUAUGAAUAGACAUGAUGUUUUAUUUCCAGGAUUCAUAAAAUCCACUUUAAAUACACGAGUGCCACCUCCUAAUCGUAAAAGCCAUCCAGGAAAAUCAUCAAAACCAACAAAACCAAAUGUUAUUCAUGUCUCAUUAUCUCUUAGAGAAGAUGUAAAAUUAAGAGAAACUGAAAAUGCAUGGAGACCGACAAGAUUAAAAACAUUAAAUCUUAGUGAAGAAGAAGCAAAAACAGAAGCUCUUUUCAAGAGAGUUAGAAGUGUGUUAAAUAAACUUACACCUCAAAAAUUUAAUACUUUAGUUGAUCAAGUACGCGCAUUAACUGUGGAUACCCCAGAACGACUACAAGGUGUAAUUAAUUUAGUCUUUGAAAAGGCUGUUGAUGAACCAAGUUUUUCUGUAGCAUAUGCACUUAUGUGUAAAGAACUUGCUGUUAUGGAAGUUUCAGGCUCAGAUAAAAAUUCAGAUAAACAAGAAUGUUCGUAUACUUUUAAAAAACUUAUUAUUAAUCGUUGUCAAAAGGAAUUUGAAAGAAAUCCAGUAAAUGAAGUUGCAAGAGCUAAUAAGCUUAAAGAAAUAGAGGAAUGUACUGAUCCUGAAAAGAAAAAGGAUUUGCAAUUAGCACUUGAAGAAGAAGAACGAAGAACACGCAUAAAAUCAGUAGGAAAUAUUCGAUUUAUUGGAGAAUUGUAUAAGCAAGGAAUGUUAACAACUAAAAUCAUGCAUCGUUGUAUAAAAGAGUUAUUAAUUCAGAGCGAUGAAGAUAGUCUGGAAUGUUUGUGCAAAUUAUUAACAACAGUUGGAAAAGACUUAGAAUCAAAAGUAUCUCCAGAAGAAAUGCAAGAUUAUUUUAAUAAAAUGCAAGAUAUUGUUGCACGACGGGGACAUGGGAAAAUUAGCUCUCGAAUUCGUUUUAUGUUGCAAGAUGUCAUAGAUUUAAGAGCAAAUAACUGGAUUCCAAGGAGAGAUGAUAGUAAUCCUAAAACAAUAGAUCAAAUUUUAAAAGAAGCUGAUUCUGAAAGAUUAGAUAGCCAAUUAAGUAAUACUCCUUUAAAUACACCUCGGAAGGAUGAACGUACUAGUGAUAGAAAAAGAAAUCGUGGUGUUGGUCCAACUGAUGAUGGUGGUUGGAGUCAACCUGUUGUAAGAACAAGACCGCAAUAUUCUGUUGAAACAGCUAAACUUAAAAAUAAACCUCCUCCAAUGGAUGAUUUACAAUUAGGUAGCAGAAAUGUGUAUAUGUGGAAAACACCUUCGAGUUGCGGCUCAAAGGCAAUAAAUUCAAAUAAAUUUGCAUGUUUAGAAAAUGUAUCAACUUUAGAUCAAGAUAAACGAAUGACAUCUCCACAACUCUCUGGAUCAAGGUCUACUGGACCAAGAGAGUAUGGUCGUGACUACAAACCUUCCUAUGAUGGUAGGAGUUCACGCAAUGGUAGUCAUCAAUUAAACAGUUCGUCGUCAAGUAGAGAAAGCUCAUUAUUAGAUAAUUCACAAAAUCAAAACGUUUCUAUGCCACCACCCUCAUUGAAGUCCUCACAAUCUACCUCUAGCAGUCAUAAACCUUCGAUGACACAUGAAGAAUUUUUGAAAACAUUAAAUAAGAUAAUGAAAGAUUAUCUAAAAAAUCCUAUUCUCGAAAAAGUUUCAUUGGCUAUUCAACAAAAUUUCGACAACGAAUUAUCAAAAUUCACAUCUGAAUUGAUUAACUUUGUACUUGAAAAAUCACCCCUUGAUAGAGAAAUCAUAUCGUAUCUUCUAUCUCAUUUGAUUACUCAAAAGAUUUUACCUAUAUCACAUCUAAGGAAUGGAUUCAUUGAAAUAUUGGAUGUAGUUGAUGAUCUUGUGCUUGACAUACCUAAAGUUUGGUCAUAUAUACCAGAGAUACUAUCACAUCCAAUAGAAGAGGAAAUACUCUCUCUAAAUGAAUUGAAACCUAUAUUUGAUAGUUUAAGGGGUAGGGGAUAUGUAGGAAUAUUCCUUGGAGAAUUAUUAUCAAAACUAUCCCGGGAUAAAGGAUCUAAGUGGGUUGCAGAUAAGUGGGACCAAAGUGGACUUCAAUUGAAUAAUAUAAUUGAUACAGAACUUGAAAAAGUUGAUAAAAUUAUUAAAGAUUAUAACUUGGAGUUCUGCACUGGUGAUUAUAAUAGUGCCAAAAGCUCAACUAGUAAUCAGCUCACAUUACAACAAAUUCAUGAUGAACUUAGAAGACUCAUGAAGGAAAGUAAUUUCGAUGUAAUUUGUGCUUGGAUAAUUGAAAAUGUAGGUAAUCGAAUUAAAGAACCUGAAUUUAUUCGAGUAUUAACGACUGCCAUUUUAGAAACGUCCAUGGAACCAGUAAACACUAACACAAACAGGUGGUGUUUAAAAACCGAUGUUUUCAUUAAUUUACAACAAUUAAUUCGUCGGUUUGUCGAUACAAAUGAAUCUUUAGAAUUACAGUGUCUUUAUGCAAUUCAACUUCAUUUGCAUAAUUUACAAUACCCACACGGGAUUCUCUUUAAUAUUAUGACAAGUUUAUCAGACUAUAAUAUAAUUUCAAGUGAGGCAUUCUUGACAUGGAAAAAAAGCCCUGAGCCAGCUCAACGCGAGUGGCAUGGAGUUGCGACGAUGGCGUUGACAUCAUUUUUCACAGGUUUACAAGAAGCUGAUGAUGCUUCUAGUGUAGAAGACGUAUCAACUAGCGUGAGCCAAGACCGUUGUUGACGAUACCGUGAACGGGUACAUUAUCGUCUAUUGAAAAGACUUAAAUAUACGUUCCCUCGUUAAAAAACUACGCGAAGUGAGAUCAAAUUGCAGUUUUUUUAAAAAAACGUCGUAUAUAAUUAAAAAAAAAACAAUGGAGUGAUAGUAGUGCGCGGGUGUAUGUAAUAUAGUCUAGAACUUCGAAGAAAAAGAAGUGAAAGAUAAUAAAGAAGGUUGUCAUAUAAAAACGGACAUAAUGGCUGAAACCGCUAUACAUAAUGAAGAUAAAGAUUAAUUAUUAAUUAUGAUACAAAAGUAAAUGCAAGAUAAUUAUUAUAUAUAAUUCAUUGAAAUGGUUUAAAGUUUAAAUAAAGAAAAAGAAAAAAAAAAAGAAAAAAAAAAAGAGAACAUUAUCGUAUUUCUUAUGUCUUGCGAAACGUCACUACAGCUUGUCAAUCGCCCAAUUUAAAAUUUAUGUAUAAUUUUUCUUUUACGCUUUGUAUUGGAAAAUCGUAAAGGAUAUAUUCAAUUUCAUCAAGCGAUAUUCGCAAAACAGCCGGUGUUUGCUGUAACUUAGAUAACAAAUUGCAGAUCACAGGUGUGUAUAAGUAGGUCAAUUUUAAGUAAAUUAUAUUUGAGACAUACGCAAAAAGAAAACUAUUGAUAACCAAGUCUGAUGCAAGGGCGACGGUUCUUCCUAUUAUUAUAAUAAAUAUAAACAGAAUUACUAAUUUAUAUCUUGCGAAUUUAACAAUGUAUUCAACUGUAUGAAGAAAAAAAUACAUUCGUAAUUAAAGAAGAAUGAGAGUGAACAGUCAAAACAUAACAUUACGAAAUAAUUCGUAAUGUAAAAUAUGUUGAAAUUAGGAAACGGAAGGAUACAAAUGGUGUGAAUAUUAAGGCGCUACUAUUUUUUAAACUAGUUAUUUAUGAACAUUGAGAGAGCAGAUAAUAGUGCGUGGGAUGGAAUGUUUGCAUGAAUAACAGGUGGCAGGUGUCGUAGCAAAUUGUAUAAAAUUAUUAUUAUACUAAUUUAAAGUACAGUGUGAAAAAUACAUUUUUUUUUUGGAUAUACUAUAUAUAUAUUAUAUAUAUAUAUAUAUAUAUAUAUAUAUAUAUAUAUAUAUAUAUGUAUAUACACACAUAUAUAUACAUAUAAAAGAAUAUACAUAAAAUGAAAUAGGAAAUUUGAGUGCAGUUAUGAAAAAUUAUUUUCAUUUAAUUCUAGAAAACAAUUCUCUACAUUAUUUUUUGUCUAAUGUUUUUCAUAUCAAACAUAUUUUCAUUUAUAAAUUAUAAUUAUUAAUUAAUACCAAGAUAUUCAGAUUUGUUACUCGGUUAUUAGCAAAGUUUGCCAUUUAUAUUUUUUAUGGACUUUCUGCUUUGUUGAAGAAAUAAAAAAAUACUAUGUAUAUUGUAUUUGACUCGCAUGAAACAUGUACGUUUAAACGUGUUUGUACAUUUUCCAUGUAUGUACACAUGGAAACAUACAGUGCUACAAAAUUAUAAUUAUAUCUUUGCUUAUAAUAGAAAGUCUAUACUUCGUCUUUAAAUUUUUAUAUGAUAUAUGUAUCCUUCAUCGUGAUUUCUUGAUAUGAUAUGUUUAUUUUCUUCAUUGUAUCUUAUCAAUCAUAGUAUAUAUAAUUUACUUGCAUUCCAAAUGCAUAUAUUAUGUUUGAUAAUCCAAAAUUAAUUACAGGAUGUUUAAAAAAUCCCGUUAUUACAUUUUAUCAAUUAUGUAAUAGAAACUUUUAAAAUAUAAAAAGCUACAUAUUUUUUUUAAUAAAACGAGAACAAAACGAAACUAGAAAGAAAAUAGAAAGGAUGAGAAUGAAGAAAAAGUUACGAUCAUCGUUAUUCCUUUUUUCACACUGUAAAAAUGAGAUAUACUAAAAAGUGUGAAUGAGUUAAGGAUUAGUGAUUUAAAUUUGUCUCCUUGAAAGAUUCUAUUCUACUCUAACAGUAGAAUGUUUCAUUCGAUGGGAUAAAAACACGAAAUGCACUUGAGACGCAGUAAAUAAAAUUAAAAUAAUUUAUAUAUAAUUAAAGAAAACGUUGUUGGAAACAUGUCGAUAAAUGAAUUACAAGAAAAAAAUUAUCGCUGUAAAUAUUUAAUAAGUAAAUAUUGUAAGAGAAUCGAUUAGAUUGCAAAAAUAGAGAAAAAGACAGCAUUGUUAUUAUGCUGCUUGGAAAUAUUGCACAUGCAUGCGACGCAUCGUGUCGAUAAUUCACGUAUGAACACGCACGUAUAUUGCAAUUUAUACAUAUAUUUGCGUGUGCUUACGUUUAUAUUAAUAUACAUAUACAGAAUAUAAAUAAAAUAUCACUAAAAAUUCCAAAACACAAUACAUAAAUACAUACACUUCUAUGAUAAAUCAUAUCUAUACAAAAAAAAAAAAAAAAAUAAAAAAGAA